AUGGCUGAUCUGCUUCACGAUCUUCUCAUAUCACCCGCCUCGUCGGGAGGGGACCCCCGCCAUGGGAACAUACAGCCGCCAGACCCCGUUGCGUUGGAAUACAUAUCCAGCCUAGCCUCACUGUCAUUGUCGUCCGUCGAAUCUGCAGAACAACAGACUCUAGCCCAGUCGUCGCAUUCGCUACUCCUGGCACUGCAGGCACUUUCAAAACGAUCCCACAAAUCCAUCAUUGAGUCUGCAUCAAAUCAUGCAAAUCUCAAGACGGCUUUACCGGCUCUGUCCGCCUCGACCCGCGACUUGAGGGCUGCAAUCCCGAGACUGGACAAUGAGGCAGUCCGUUUCUCCACCACAUACCACAAAUCCGGCGAGAACGAGGUUCUGAACGCGAGGAAGAAGGCCUUGCUGCUCUCAAGGAACACGGAGCGGCUAGUAGACGUGCUCGACCUUCCCACCCUGUUGUCGUCCGCCAUAACUUCCGGCUCUUCGGCGGCGGCAGCAAACUAUGGUUCGGCCCUCGAUUUAAAUGGCCACAUCAGGCGGCUGCACUCGCUGUACCCCCAGUCACGACUAGUCCACUCAGUAUCUUCACAGGCCGACGAAGCCAUGCAGGCAAUGGCGGUCAAUUUGAUGUCAAGUCUACGUACUCCGGGCCUGAAGCUGGCUUCCGCUUUGAGGACAAUUAGCUGGCUUCGAAGAGUUGUCCCAGAUCUUGAUCCGGCUGGAGCCGCAGGUAAUGGCGGAGGCUUGGGCGCCCUGUUCCUGGUCUGUCGUCUAUCGACUCUGAUGAACAUGCUAGGUGCUCUAGAGCCUCUUCGUGACCUGGCAGACCAGGAAAAAGCACGCCAGCAGCAACACGUCGCGAGCGGGAGCUCUUGGUCCGGGGGGCAGCAAACGGAGCGGUACCUGAAGAGGUAUAUCGAAAUCUUCAGAGAGCAGAGCUUUGCCAUCAUCUCCAUGUUCAAAAGUAUUUUCCCGGACUCUGGCGCUCCUAACAACAAUUUAGAAAAAGCAGACCCCUUACAGCCGAUCCCGUCAGCUCUUGCCACCUUUCCGCUUCAUCUAGUGGAAAUGCUAAUGGAAACAUUACGGAUCUAUCUGCCAAGCGUGAAGGACCAAGCAUCCAGAGAAAGUCUCCUGACCCAGGUACUGUAUUGUGCUGGCAGUCUGGGUCGAUUAGGAGGCGACUUUGGCGUCUUACUAGCAAGUCUCGACAUCGGUGAGGGAGCCGAGGAUGAAUGGGUAGAGGUGGUGAAGCGCCACAAGAUAAUGGCAGGCCGUCUAGAGUCCAUAGUAGGCAACAAGGAACGGAGGCCGUCAGAGGUCCCUGCGAAGGCUUGA